AUGGUUUCAUCAAAUGGCGUGUCAGCGACGCCAAUGGAUUCUGACACGGAUGCUCUUGUAAACGGGCAAGUUCUUAGUGAUUCCAGUGUGUACGGGCCAACCUACAUGGACACUAGCCUUUUACGGUUGAUUAAACAGAUUGGAACAGUGCUAGGGGACAAUGAUGAGGAUACGAUUGAUCGUACGCUUUGCAAUGGGACCACUAAACUGAAGAAUGGUAGUAAGGUAAACUUCAAGCAAGAAACCCCUUCAACUGAGUACAAUGGUAACGCCAAUGAAGUAUGGCCUUCGAAGGUAUCCGAGGAGAUAACAACUGAGUUACUGCUUGAAUUGGUGCAAGAAUGUCGCCAAACAAUUCUUCAGCUCAACUUGAACAAAAAUUUGAAUGAACUUCAAGCCAAGAUGACAACGGAGCAGCUACACAUGGAGAAUCAAAUUUUAAAGAAAUCGCUUGAAACUUUUACGGAAAGCAAUGGACGACUAAAGACGGAGAUAAAGAAUCUUCUGAAUAAAAAAGAGAAGCUAGUGAAUUAUGUGCGCAAGCUCAAAACGGACAAAAAGCAUCUUAAAGUUGAGCUUCUACGACAGAGCCAGCAAAUGAAUCAAAUAGAGGAACACGUCAACGUAUCUAGAGGGGAUAUGCUUAAUACUCUUGGUAUUUUGGCAUCACAUGUCUUGGAAGAUGAGCAACGACGGGAUUUAGAUGAAACCAUUGAAGUGUAG